AUGAAAAAAAGUAAUACUGCUACCACACCACCAAUUCAAUCACCUAAUGUGAUCUUCACGCGCCACGCUGGCGCGUAUGAUUGGUACCGGCUAUUCCUCCAAAAGGGACCAAAGCCAAAGCGCAUUAGUUCGUCACUGUUAACUCUGGCCAGCACCCAACCUUCCCCUCGCCGUGUGCUCCUUUUGCGAUGUGCCUAUUGUUGGGAACCUCACAGUGGUGGCUUGCAUAUUGGGUUGAUUAUUUAUUUGUUGUUUCCGCACACGAUUAACCCUUUGAAGUUUGAACUGUGUGAAAACAGUAGGGAAGAACUAAAAAUUGGUAGAGCGUGGGAUACGGAUGUCAUUGAUGACAACUUGUCUGGUUUGGGCAUCAAGAACAAAAAACAACCUUUGUAG